AUGCCCUCCAAGGUGUCGUGCCUGUACCUGCUGACGGUGCUGUGCUGGGCGAGCGCCCUGUGGUACCUGAGCGGCUCGCGGCCGUCCUCCUCGUACAGCGGGCAGAUGGCCGCCAUCCCCGUGCGCCGCUCGUCCGCCCGCGGCCUGGCCGGCGCCGGCAAGAACCUGACCUACGGCAACGUGCGCACGCGGCCGCUCAACCCGCACGCCUUCCCGUUCCUCAUCAACGAGCCCGACAAGUGCCAGGCGCCGCCCGCCGAGGCCGCCGCGGGCAACAGCACGCCCCCCUUCCUCGUCAUCCUCAUCAGCACCACCCACAAGGAGUUCGACGCUCGACAGGCGAUCCGCGAGACGUGGGGCGACGAGAGCACGUUCGCCGGCGAGGUGCGCGUGGUCACCCUCUUCCUGCUGGGCACGCACCCGGACCCCGUGCUCAACCAGAUGGUGGCGCAGGAGAGCCAGGUGUUCCACGACAUCGUGGUGGAGGACUUUGUGGACUCCUACCACAACCUGACGCUCAAGACCCUCAUGGGCAUGCGCUGGGUGUCCACCUACUGCCCGCAGGCGCGCUACAUCAUGAAGACGGACAGCGACAUCUUCGUCAACAUGGACAACCUCGUGUACAACCUGCUCAAGCCGGCCACCAAGCCGCGCCGCCGCUACUUCACCGGCUACGUCAUCAACGGCUCGCCCAUCCGCGACAUGCGCAGCAAGUGGUACAUGCCGCGCGACCUCUACCCCGAGAGCAAGUACCCGCCGUUCUGCUCGGGCACGGGCUACGUGUUCUCGGCCGACGUGGCCGAGCUCAUCUACAAGACGUCGCUGCACACGCGCCUCCUGCACCUGGAGGACGUCUACGUGGGCGUGUGCCUGCGCAAGCUGGGCAUCCACCCGUUCCAGAACAGCGGCUUCAACCACUGGAAGAUGGCGUACAGCUUGUGCCGCUACCGCCGCGUGGUCACCGUGCACCAGAUCUCGCCCGAGGAGAUGCACCGCAUCUACAAUGACAUGACCAGCAAGAAGCACCUGAAGUGCUAGGGGCUAGCGGCUAAGUGCUAGCGGCUAAGUGC